AUGGAGGAGAUCCAAGAAGUAACCGGUGUUAUGAAAGGCAUAGCACAAGCAAUUCCGAAAACUAAUCGUCGUAUUUGGACGGAAGAAGAAAUCUUUGCUGCGAUGGAAAAGCUCGAUUUGAAAAGUACAUCGCUCUUAGAUUCGGUUGAUUGGCUUGUAGCUCAUCCGAGCCUCAUUGGGACAUUUUUUACAUGUCCGAAAGAUCUUCACAUGGAAUGA